GCUCGGAGGCCCAGCGCGUCAGGUGCUCCUCCCUCCAGGGAGUUUUAGUUGCUCAAAGUCUUCAAAACCCACCUCCAGGAUAAACCUGUGUACAGGGAUGAGAGGUGUGGUUUACAGGUGACAAUUCAGGAAAGGCCAGUUUCCUGAUAGCCACAAGCGAGGUAGAUCCCUCCCCUUGCCACUUGUCUCUGGAUGCCUAGUCUCUGAACUCUCAAACGAUUCUUUUUCAACCUCGAUCAUCUCACCCGAACACAGCAAGCAGAACUCAGGUAGAACAACCCAACAUGAAUUUGCCACUGGGCAUCACACUUACACUCCUCUUGAUACUUCAGACAUUCCAACAAGUGUCCACCCAAGUGUCCAUACCUGAAGAAUGGAAAAGAGAUAAUAUGGACGUCAACGAAACACAGUCAUCUAGUGUGAAACCACCUCUUUCACUAGGAGACAAUGCAGAGAAUUCAAAAGUCAAACCAGAGGGAAGUUCAGGUGAUGGAGAAUCAUUUGGCUCAAUCAUUUUAAUUAAAGAAGACAAACAGAAGCAGAAUUUCACAACACUGUAUCAAAUCCCUGAUCACGUGGAUAAUGACACAGAAGAAGCCAGUUCUGGCGAACCCAUUGCUACAACGCCACCUCCUAUGAUUGCACUUAAUUCAAGUUCUGAUCCCUCAGAUACUUCAGCAGAAUCCACAACAGAAACAGAGGAGACAGCCACAAAUACCCCCACACCAGAGCCGGAGCACACAAAUCAAUCUGCUCUUAAUGACACAUAUACCAGUCCAACACCUGAGACAAACACAACAGAGAGCAGCUUCGGCGAAUCAGGUUCUGGAUCUGUGCCCUCAGACGAUGUGCCCACCAACAGCACUACUAAGAGUCCGGCCACCACAACAGAAGAUGAGAGCAUCCAGUACAAAACUACAGUGAGUCCAACUGAACCACCAGUAUACAGAACAACAACAGCAGAGAUUCCACCUGCCAUCCCUGAGAACAUCACUACACCUGCCCCAGGCAGUGUGAACACAGGAGCAGACCUAACCGGACCUUUUGACAACAAAGAAAAUUCUGAAAGAGGUUUAUCCUCAGAUGUUACAGAUGCUACUGAAAACAGGAAAGGGCAGGCAUGGGCUAUAGUCCUAGCCGUUGGGAUUGUAGUGGGGAUCAUUGCCUUGGCAGCAUUUAUCAUCCUGAAUCGAAGGAACAGAAGAGACUUCUCACACAGAAAACUGGUGGAAGAGACGUCACCUGAUCCAGUUCUCCGACUGGAUAACGGUGAGCCACUAGACCUAAAGUUUGAUGGAUUUGGUUACUACAAUCCAGGACUACAAGGAGAUAACAUCCAGAUGACCAACUUUCCACAGGGACGGACACAAUGAGAACAAAUCUGUGAUGCCAAAGACUCUUUAUUUAAUGUUGCACCCAUGUGAAGACAAAAGGAUGUAAUUAAGAAAUUAUCGUCAUUUUUAAAGUGAUUUGCCAAAUCAAUCUCAAGGCAAUUUUACAUAGCUAACUGAACAAUCAAAAAUGUUUUUAAUUUUAAAUAGUGUCUUUUGUUGGGAUGUUUUAGCCAAACCAAAAUAUAAAGCAUAUUGGUCACACUUUAUAUUAAGUGGCCUUAACUACUAUGUACUUGCAUCAAAAAAUAAGUACAAUGUACUUAUUGGGUUCAUAUUGAAUUGCAAAACACUUGUGCUGCUAUUGAGGUGGGAUACAGGU